GUUUCCAUGGGCCUCAGCCCCCGCCCCUCAGGCCAGUGACCGUGGGGUGACGAGAACCCGCUGUGCUGAGCGAGGGGAGCAGCACUGCCGGCGUUUUGGGGCGUUUCCCUUGCUUUUUGGUAACCCCGGGAACUCCCCAGCAGCCCCGCGAAGCGCCGCCCGCUGCGGCAUUUUGUCCCGUGCGCCGCUCCGUCCGUCCCCAUGGCAACGGCCGGGGCGCGGGGCCUAGCGGCGAGGCGGGCGCCAUGGCGGCCGGCGGCGGCCCCAGCCCCAGCCCCAGCGUGUUCCUGGUGGCCGUCAACGGGCAGAUCGAGAGCGGGGAGUUCCCCGGGUUUGACGACCUCUACUGCAAGUUCUGCUUCGUCUACGGCCAGGACUGGGUUCCUACAGCUGGUCUGGAGGAGGGCAUCUCGCAGAUCACCUCCAAGAGCGCCGUCGCGCCCACCACGCUCAUCUGGAACUUCCCCAUCGAAAUUACCUUCAAGAGCACCAACCCGUCCGGCUGGCCGCAGAUUGUCGUGAGCGUCUAUGGACCUGAUUUUUUUGGAAAUGAUGUGGUGAGAGGUUAUGGAGCUGUUCAUGUGCCCUUCACGCCUGGAAGGCAUAAGAGAACCAUUGCUAUGUUUGUUCCAGAGUCCACAUCUAGGCUGCAAAAGUUUACAAGUUGGUUCACAGGGAGACGUCCAGAAUUUACUGACCCCAGAGUGGUAGCGCAGGGAGAAGGAAGAGAAGUAACGAGGGUGCGAUCUCAAGGCUUUGUCACCAUUUCCUUCAACGUAGUGACCAAGGAUAUGAAGAAGCUGGGCUAUGACGUGAGCCCGAGUGACAUGCAGAGCCCCUGUGUGCCUAUUACAGAAGGGAUUCAUAAGUAUUGAACUCAGAAGUGAGAUUUGCAAAGGCUCACGUAGAAGUUAAACACUUGAGGGGCUUUUAUUGUUUGUUUCUUCAACUGGAGAACAAGCAUCUGACUGAACUAAGAAAAUUUCACCUGAAACCUUUUUUCAAAAAGAAACUCAAGCCCGUGAGGCUUUGGAGAAAUUUUCUAGAGUAUAAUUCUUUCAGUAAGUAUACAGCUUGAAAAUCCUAAGUUUGUAUCAUCGGUUCUAUUUAGCAUUUUUAUGUGUAAUAUUGGACCUCUCAAGAGAAGACCUACAAAGUAUUUUUUAUAACAGCCUCUUUUUUUUAAUACGUUAUAUACUUCAACUUAUAGUUGCAAUCGUUUUUCUUUGUUUAAAACAUCAGUA